GUUGUCAUGAGUCGUGUUCAGAAUGCAGCGGACCGAGCCAGCAGGAGUGUUCGUCGUGUUCGGACCCGGCCGCCUUGCUUAAAAACGGUGAAUGUGUCCCAGACUGCAGCGCUGAUUUCUACAGUCAAGAAGGCGUCUGUUACGCCUGCGAUUCGUCCUGUGCCUCCUGUUUCCCUGACAACCCCAAGUGCAUGAGCUGCCCACCGGGGACUUUGAUGCAUCAUGGGAAAUGUAUUCCACAGUGUCCGACUCACCAUUACCAAGACAACCACAGCAGAUGCAGAGCCUGCCACAGCUCCUGCGUGUCAUGUUGGGGUCCGUCCGUGUCCCAGUGUACGCUAUGUGCAGACGGCCUCCUCCUCCACCAGGGACAGUGUGUGGAGGCCUGCGGGGAAGGACUCUACUCCCAGGACGACACCUGCCAAAACUGUCAUCCUACGUGUCGCUCCUGUGUGGGACCUUUAUCCUCCGACUGUCUCCGCUGCCUCAAACCGGAGGAAGUCCUCCUCCUGCAGUCCAGUCACCUUCAGCAAGGCGUCUGCACAGCUGGAUGCUCCGAUAACAGCUUCCUGGAUGACAUGCAGACGUGCAGAGAGUGUCACGCCUCCUGCUGGCAGUGCACCGGGCCAUCUGCGGACAACUGCACAUCCUGUCCGUCCCCGUCCAGCCUGCAGGAGGGCCGCUGCGUCCCCACCUGCCCACAAGGAUUCUUUAUCCAGGACAGGCAGUGUCAAGCGUGCCACCCUUCCUGCCAGACCUGCUCCGGUUCCUCUCAGGCCGACUGCACCUCCUGCCCCCCGCUGUCCUCCCUGCACAGCGGCUACUGCAGGACCAGCUGCCAGGAGGGCUUUUUCCUCAAUGGCGUCACUGGAGAGUGCCUCGAGUGCAGCUCGGACUGUCAGCGCUGCACAGCGGACCUCCAGACGGGCGUCGGCAGUGUUUGUCUGUGGUGUAAAGUGCCGAGGACGUGGCUGCUGGGCGAUCACUGCGUCUCUCACUGUCCGCAGGGCCGCUACGGCUGGCACGGAGCCUGCAUGA